AUGUUAGCUAAUGUGGAAUUUAAUAUGUAAGGCAAAUCAUAUUUCAAUUAUCAUUUGAAUUAAGAAUUAGGAAAAUGUUCUUAGAUUUGUCAAUUGAUUUCACAGGAGAUUCAUAAUUUUAAGUACUGA